CGCGGCGCGGCGGCCCCGGAAGCGGCGGUGGCGGCGGGAGCGGGAGCGCGGCCGGUGCCCAGGAGCCCUGACCCCGCCCUUGGUGUGGGCAGGGUGGGGCAGGGCGGGGCUGCCCAGGUGUGCAGGCACCGCCCCGGCGCCCCCUGCUCGUCACAGGUGAGGCAGAGAUGGAGCCAGUGAGGACAGCGGACACGGCGUCCCCAAGCUGUCACCACAGCGGGGACAAUGAGGAGGAAGAUGUGACAGCAGCGGCAGCCAUGACAUCAUCCGUGCGUCACCAUGAGGAGGAGGAGGACAAGGAGGUGGCAGCAGUGGUGACAGCCACAGCGUCCCUGAGGUGCCACCCCAGUGAGGAGGAGGAGGAGGUGGCAGUAGCCAUGACAUCCCAAGGUGGGCCCUGUGGCAGGGAUGAGGAUGUGGUGGCAGCAGUGACAGCAGAAGCAGCCACAGCGUCACAGGGCUGUCAUCCUGGUGAGGAGGAGGAGGUGACAACAGCAGGGACAGCAGCAGUGACAUCCCCAGGCAUUCAGCCCAGUGAGGAGGAGAUGACCAUGGCAGCAACAUCCUCAGCACAUCCUCCUCUAGGGGAUGAAGAGGAGGUGACAGCAGCGGUGACAUCCCCAGGGUGUCACCAUGAAGAGGAAGAGGAGGAGGUGACAGCAGCAGUGACAUCCCCAGUGUGUCACCCCGGUGAGGAAGAGGAGGAGGUGACGGCGGCAGUGACGGCAGCGGCGGCCACGUCGGCCCGGGGCGGGCGGCGCGGCGCAGACGAGGACGUGGCUGCCGCGGGCUGGCGAGAGCGGCGCAAACACGUGUUCGUGCUCAGCGAGGCCGGGAAGCCGAUCUACUCCCGGCACGGCAACGAGGAGGCGCUGGCGGCCACCAUGGGUGUCAUGAUGGCCCUCGUGUCCUUCAUCCAGAGCGGCGGCAACGCCAUCCGGGCCAUCUGCUCCGAGGACCGCACGCUGGUGUUCGAGCAGCGGGGCCCGCUGCUGCUGGUGUCGGUGUCCCGCACGCGGCAGUCGGCGGCGCAGCUGCGGCGGGAGCUGGCCUUCGUUCACGAGCAGAUCCUGUCGCUGCUGACCCGCGGGGGCAUCGCCCGCGUCUUCGCCCGACGCCGCGGCUUCGACCUGCGCCGGCUGCUGGCGGGCGCCGGGGCCGUGCUGGACCGGCUGCUGCGGGGGCGCGGCGGCGGGCGGCUGCUGCUGGGGCCCGCUCGCUGCCUGCCCCUGCCGGGGGCUCCGCCGCGCCGUGUCCGGGGCCCCUGCGCCCGCGCCGCCGCCGCCCGCCCGCGCGCCCGCCUGGCCGUGCUGGCGGCCCGGGGCCGCUUGGUAACGGCGGCGCGUCAGCGGGCGCUGGCCGAGGGCGGCGUUUGCGCCAGCGACCUCCACCUGCUGCUCAACCUGCUGGGCGGCGGGGCGGGCGCGGGGGCGGGCGAGUGUGGACCCUCGUGCUUGCCCCGUUUCAAUCCCGAUGGGUAUUUCUACGCGUACGCGGCGCGGCUGGGCGAGGAGGAAGAGGAGGGUGUGACGCUGAUCCUGCUGUCCACGGAGCGAGAGGGAUUCUAUGCGGCGGCCGCGUGCCGGAGGCAGCUGGAGGACACGCUGCGGGCGCAGGGCUGGCUGGCCGAGCUGGCGGCAGCCGUGCGAGGGGGAGCGGGGUACGGCCCGUCCCGCCCCGGCGCCCCCGAGCUCCGGCACUUCCUCUACAAACCCUUGGAGGGGCCGGAGGAGAUGCAGCAGCUGCCGCAGUUCACCAGCCCCGAGCUGGAGGAGCCCUACACCAGCGAGGAGGAGCAGCACCGGCUCUUCGACCUGUACCACUACCUGCACAGCCGCGUGCACAGCCCGCACCGGCCCCUGCGCCUGCUCUACCACGUGGCUGAGAAGGAAACGCUGCUGGCCUGGGUGACCAGCAAGUUCGAGCUGUACAGCUGCUUCAGCCCGCUGGUGACGAAGGCGGGCGCCAUCGCCGUGCUGACCAAGCUGCUGCGCUGGCUCAAGAAGGAGGAGGACUGGCUGUUCAUCCGCUACCCGGCGCCGUUCUGCGCCGCGCCCGCGCGCCCCGAGGGGCCCGAGCCCGAGGGCUGACAAUAAACACUGAGAGCCCGGGGAGAGUCCUGACUCCAGGGGGACUGGGGGGCCAGGGGACACGGCCUGAGGGGCUGCAGUGAUGGACCCAGACCCACGCAGUGAGGGGCUCUACAGCCAAGACCCCCCAAGACCACCGUGUGUCCCAGUGUCCCCCCGC